CGAAGUAAACAUAAGUUUGACAUUGACCAGUGCUUGAUCCAGCCCCUGCCUUACAUUUGCUAAAUAUGUUUUCGCUGCCUUUAAAUUCGUUAAAGCAAAUAAUGAGAGUAAUGGUAGAGCAUCCAGGCUUUGAGAGAGUCCUGAGCAAGGUGGACGUCUUGUCCGGCGGUCCAGGUAAAGUGGUGUGUGAGAUGAAGGUAGAAGAGGAGCACACCAACCAGUUAGGCACGCUACAUGGCGGGCUGACAGCCACCCUGGUCGAUGCCAUCUCCACCAUAGCGAUCAUGAACACAGAGAGGGGAGCACCAGGAGUCAGUGUGGAUAUGAACAUAACAUACAUGAAUGCUGCCAAGAUUGGAGAGGACUUACUUAUCACUGCUCAGGUUCUGAAGCAAGGACGGACGCUGGCGUUUGCCACCGUAGACCUCACCAGUAAGGCCACAGGGAAGCUCAUAGCACAAGGAAGACACACUAAACACCUUGGCAGCAGCUAAACUGUCUCUCUGCGCACCUGUCUAUAAAUCACUUAUCAUGUAACUAUACAGUCAACUGAAGAUGUAAACUAACUUCUGCCUGUAAAUAGUUUGCAAAACCAGUGUAUAUAAAAAAAAAAUAAUGGUAACGGUGCUACCACUCCUUCCCUACUCGUUACUCAUUGACUAGUGAUCUUACAUAUUUGCCAUCAACACUUCUGUAUCAGUGGUACUGUUACAUGCACAUGCAAUAAAACAAUUGGACAAA